AAGUAAACGUCAUUAUCUAACGUAAAUAUACCAAUGCUUACAUGUUAGCUACUGAGUAAAAAGGAGAAAUUGGGUCCUCAGAAUUAGCCUUUUAAACUAAUUUUGCAACAAAGGAAAAAAAAACGAUUGACUGUAUUCUGUAAACGUGAACAGCAGUUAUCAAUGAGACCGUCGCUGCUAGACUCAGAUGAGGAAGACCUGGGAGAAUAUCAGAAAGAACUGAGAGAGAGGGCAAAUCGGAGCAUUCAACAGCUGAGCCGAGUCCUGGCAGAGCGGAGCUCCGAGGCGGAGAGCAUGGAGCCAGACAGGAGCCAGGACUCGGACAGCACGGCCGGGGAGGACUCGUGGAACCAUGUGCGGCAGAGCGAUGCAGCCAAUCAGCUGAGGUCGCUGCUACGGAAGGGACAGAGGGAAACGCCUCCUCAUAGCCCGUCAAAGAGGAAGUCACACCCUCAGCAGAAGACCCCACCCAAGCCGGACGCCUCCUUACCCCAGGCUCAGGACCUGGUGCCCAUGAUCCACAACCAGUCCGAGUACAUCCAGCACCUGGAGGCGGAGGUCAAGUUCUGCAAGGAGGAGCUUGUGGGGAUGAAACAGCGAAUCAGAGUGGUUGUUAUGGAGAAUGAGAAACUGCACGAGGAGCUCAAGUCCCGGACGGUUGAGGACACCUUGAAAGACUACACCAUCUUAGACACCACGGUAGCGCUCUGUGCUGGGAAUGUUCCUGAGUCAGUGCCUAUGGGAAGGAGCUCUCGCAGACCACCGGCUUCUGGAAUGUUCCACAGCCAGCACAGUGCACAAGCAGAGGACCACUCCUGGCAAAAUGAAAUGGACAAGCUGAAGACGCUUUACCAAUCGCAGACAGAGACGCUGGAGGCCCAGGUGAUUUCACUCAGGAAGGACCUGGCGAUGGCUCAGAAGGAGUGUGAGGAGGUGAAGGGGCGUGUCCGACGUCGGGAGGCGGUGGCAGCGCAGGGCGGCACCCCGCGGGCGGGGGGGCUGUGUCUGAAGUGUGCCCAGCACGAGGCCGUCCUGGCGCAGACGCACACCAACGUGCACGUCCAGGCCAUCGAGAGGCUCACCAAGGAGCGAGAUGAGCUCAUGUCAGUGCUGGCCUCUCUGAGGGCCAGUCAGAGUGACGCUCAGCACCGUGAGUGGAGCGCCUACCAGCAGGUCAAACAGGCCGUUCAGAUGGCAGAAGAGGCCAACCUGGAGAAGACCCAGGCUCUGGUUCAGUGUGAGCAGAUGCGCAGUGAGCUCGGCCGGCAGAGGGAGCGUUUGGAGAAGGAGGCGGCCGAGCAGCAGGAGAAAAUCGCACAGGCCAGAGAGGGGGGGCGCGGCGAGGCGCGCAAGGAGAAGGAGGAGCUGGCCCAAACAGUGGCGCUCCUCUCGCAGAAGGUGGCUGAGCUGGAGGGGCAGCUGGACCGGGGGGAGAGGGAGAGGAGGUCCCUGCAGGGCCAGCUGGAGGAGGCCCUGGAUAAGCUGCGCUCUCAGGAGGCAGACAGCAGCAAGGUGUGCGCCGAGCUGCGGUACCAGUUGAGCCAGGCCCAGCUGAAGAAGGAGGAGGCGGAGAGAGGGCUCAGAGACCACGCCUCCAAAAGCUCCCGGCAGCAGGAGCUGGCUCAGCAGGAAGCAGAGAGGCUGGGUUUGGAGCUGAAUAUGUGCCGGCAGCGCCUGGAAGAGGCCCAGCGGGAUGCGAGCCGAGCCCAGGCGGAGGCGCUGGGCCUGACGGAGCGGCUGGGCCAAGCACAGCACCAACUGCACCUCACCAGGCAGGAGAAGGAGGCCGGGGAGCGGGCGGCGGAGGAGGGCGCGGCCGCGGCGGCUCGGGAGGCGGAGCGGCGGGAGAGGGAGCUGGCACAGCGGCUGCAGGAGGCGGAGCACAGACACGAGCGGACCGUGGGGGAGAUGGACGCCCUGCUCAGCUCCCAGAAUUCCCUGAUCUCGAAGCUGAGGGAGGAGUGCAGCGGUCUGGGGGCGCAGCUGGAGGCUGUGAUGGAGAGCAGCAGGAGCGAGCUUCAGCAGCUGUGUCUGGAGAGGCAGCACUUGCAGGAAAGUGUGCAGAAGCUCCGCAGCCGUUGCCAGGAGAUGGAGGAGCAGUGUGUGCAGCACGGCAAGAUGCACCAGCGCAUGAAGAACAGGUUGCAGCAGCUGGACCAGCACUGCCAGGCCAGCGCCCAGCAGGUGAUGGAACUGCUCGACACACAGAACCGGCUGAUGCAGGAGCGCCAUGCCCUGUCUGAGGAGAUGCAGAAGCUGCGUGUGCAGGUGGGGCCCUGUGUAAGGUGUGAUAAUAAGCUGAAGGUAAGGGGGUGCAGUUUGUGUUUUAUUUAGGCCACAACUGGUAACCAGUGGGGGGAGAUGAGGUGAGGUAUGACAAGUAUUGUGCAGCGUUCUGAGUAAACCUGACAGCAGGUGUGGUGAGACUGGUAAAGAGAGAAUUGCAGUAGUUCAGUCAGAACAACACAAUGAGCUGAGCAGCAUAUGUACUGAGAAAUAUCUGGAUUUUGUGGAUAUUGCAAAGGAAGAGUUGGCAGCUCCAGGUAACUGCUGUUGUUUUCAGUAAAGGACACUGCAGGACUUAUCCUGUCCUACAAGAUUCAUUUACAGUCUGGGAUGCAGACAUCAUGUUGUCAAGGGCAACAGAGAGAUGCCUGAGGGGGGAGAGUGUGGCAGGUGUAGAGUAGCUCAGUUUGGGUGAGACUGAGAUUGAGAUUCCAACUGAAAAUGUUAUUAGGGCCAGCUUUGAUACAUGAGGCAGUAUGCACAUCGGUGGGUGGGAAGGCGAGAACAAGUGGUGCUUCAUCAGCAUUGCAGCGGUAGGAGAAUAUUAUUUGGCCAAAGGAUGUUGCUUAUAAGGAAAACAGAGGGGACCAAGAACAGAUUCCUGGGGGACUCCUGUGAGAUGGCUAUAUGACUGAAAUAGAGCCAUGCUAGGUUAAGUUGCUAGGAGUGCUCACAAAGUUAU